AUGGCAGCAGCCAAGGCCGGCCGGAACGACCCCUGUCCGUGCGGAAGCGGGCGCAAGUACAAGCAGUGCUGCGCCGUCAAGCAGGACGGUGGAUCGAAGUUCGGCACCUACGCGCUCAUCGCGGUCCUCGUAGCGAUCGCGGGAGUCAUCGUCUACACCUUCACCGCCGACGCCGGAGCCGGCUCGCGGCAGGUGUGGGACCCGGUGCACGGCCACUACCACACGGUGCCCUGA